AUGUUAUGUAAAUGAUAUUAAUAUUUAUAAAAAGGUUAUUUGCUCUACAAAUAUAAAAGUCAUAGAAAAUACAUAAUCUUUGAACAAGUCCUCGUAAUUUAUUAUUGCUGUUAUCAAUUAUUUCUAAGAGGAGUCCCUGCUAUUUGGUUUAAUAUCUUUUCACUAUAGUUGAAGUAACAUCUAAUUUAAUAUAUAACUUUAUUUAUUGUUUUUGCAUUUACAUGUGCAUAAGUAUAACCAUUUAUGGAGAUUACUUUUACUUAAACAAUUUUAGAAUAAUUGAUUCUAAUCAUCAUAUUUCUUUAUAAUUAGUACAAUUUCACAUUUCUUAAAAAUUAAACUCAAAAUAGAAUACUCAAAUAAAUCAUCAAAAAUGUUAGAUAUUAUGUAUUUGAUUAAAACUAAAAUGAAAUCGAUGGAGAUAACUCCUUAAAAUCAGAGUAAAUUUUAAAUUCAAAUGCUACAUUAUUUUCAUCUCGCUCUGAUAGUCAGAAAUUACAAAAUUAAAUAAAAAAGGAUCUUAAAAUCAAAUGUUAUACAAUGUAAUAAAUUGAAAUGGCUUAAGAAUCGUAAAUAAUGACAUCAAAACCCUCAAUAUUUGAUUCAUUAGGAGGAUUUCUUGAAUUUUACUCAAAAGAUAAAAAUUAAAUAAAAAAUAAAGUUAUUGUAGCUUCUGAACUUGAUGAAAUAUCAGGACAUAAAUAAUAAUAUAGAUUGUACAUAGAAUAAUUUAAAUAAUUAAUGAAAUCUUAUACUUUAGUAGCUUUUGUUAAUUUGGAACAUAAAAUACCAUCAAAAUAAAACAAAAAUAUUGAAAAGUUUAAAUUGAGUUUGGCUAAAAUAUUCACUCAUAAAUUAAAGACUCCCUUAAAUACUACUUUGGGUUUUUUAUAGGCAAUUGUAUAAGAAAACAAUACUAUAGAUGAAUAAGUGAAGGCUAGUUUUUUAAAGCCUGCUUUUAUUAAUUCUAAAAUUUAAUAUUAUUAGGUUUAAGAUAUUUUAGAUUACGUUAAUUCAAAUAAUUUAGUAUCAUUUUAGGUGAGCAAGGUUAAUUUACAUAAGACUUUGUAAUUGAUAUAUGAUAUGAUUGAAUUAUAAUGCAGAGCCAAAUAGAUCUAAGUAAUAUUCACAGUUAAUUCUAAACCAUUUGAUGCAAAUGAGAGGUACUAUGAUUAUUGCACUUUAUGAUAGACCAAUUUAUUUAACAACUGAUUAAUUAAGAUUAGAACGAAUUCUAUUUAAUUUAUUGAACAAGUCUUAUAGACACACCUAAAUUAAGGGUAAAAUACAACUAAAUGUUGAUAUCUUGUCUGAAAAUAAUUAGGUACAAUUUAAAAUAAAUGAUAAUGUUCAAGGAUUUAAGUAAGAAUAAGUUGAAUAAAUUAAUAAUUUUGCUCGUCUUUAAAAUUAAUGUAUAAAUGGAUUUCGUAAUUCAAUAGUAAAAGGUUCAACAUUUAAAUUUAGCUUAACAUUAUAAAUAACAAAUAAACUAAUAUAUUUUUUAAGUGAUUUUCAAUGUUCAUUACAAAUUAAUCAUAAUUAAGAUGAAGGAGCUAGUUAUUAAUUUUUCAUAAAUUUAAAUUGUUAAUAAGUAAAUAUACCACAGUCUCUAGAAAUGAGUUAAAAGAAUUCAAGUUUUUAAUAGAAGAGUUCUGGUUCUUUUAAAUAACAUAUGCCUAAUCAUAUAUCAUUAUUUCUAAAAAAUUAGAAUUAAUAAUCGUAUUUAUUAAUGUUAUUAAAUUUUAAGUAGGGAUAAAGUAUUAGAAGAAUGUGAGAUAGAGGAAGAACCUUUAGCAAAUAAACCACUUUAAUUAAGUACUCAAAUGGUAUAGAACUCUCCAAAAGGUACAAUGUUAUAGAGUCAUCCUAUUUAAUAAAGUAUCUUUCCUUUUCAUAAAUCUGUUUAUCAUAAAGAAAUGAAUGAUAAAUCUUUAACUAUUUCAGUCGCUUUUGAUCAUUCAUUCAAUGUUAAACGUGUUAUAGAUUCUAUUGAUAUUAGAUAGGAUACUAAUUAAACUAUAAUGUUAGUUGAUGAUGAACCAUUCAAUCAUGAUACACUCAAAUUAAUGUUAAAAAGUUUAGGAUUUAAAAAUUUUAUUAGUGCUUAUCAUGGUUAAUAAUGUAUAGAAUUAGUCAAAAAACAUUACAGAACUAUUAAAAUUAUUUUUAUGGAUUUAGAUAUGCCAAUUAUGGGAGGAUUAAAAGUUAAUUAAAUAUAUUAAAUAUUUAGGCUACCAAAUUACUUUUAUAAUAAAUGUAGGAUGGAGAAAUUGAUUUUAUUCCAAUAGUCGCUUGCACUGCUCAUGAUGAUAAGGAUACACAAUAAGAAUGUAUUGAAGCAGGUAUGAUAUGCAUUAUUGCUAAACCUGUAUUUAAAAGAAGUUUACAAGAAACAUUUUUGACAAUCAAUGAAAUCAAACUUAAAUCUUAAAAUUUUAUUUUAGGACAAAAAGGAAUUUCUUAAAGUAUUAAAUGA